AUGCAGACUGCUUCUACAAACAUUUGUGAAAGAAUGGGUCACUCUCAGGAACUCAGUGGAUUCAAGCAUGGUACCGUGAUAGGUUGCCACCUGUGCAAUAAGUCCAUCAAUGAAAUUUCCUUGUUACUAAAUAUUCCACCGUCAACUGUUAGUGGUGUUAUAACAAAGUGGAAGCAACUGGGAACAACAGCAACUCAGCCACAAAGUAAGCGUGGUCAGCGCAUGCUGAAGCGUACAAUGUGCAGAAGUUGCCAACUGUCUGCAGAGUCAAUAGCUAAAGACCUCCAAACUUCUUGUGGUCUUCAGAUUAGCACAACAACAGUGCAUAGAGAGCUUCAUGGAAUGGGUUUCCAUGGC